CUGGGAGAGAGGGCCAUCUUCCUUGCGCACCCCUCACACCCCUGCUGUUUCUGGAAGUUAGAACAUUCCGAAAGUAAAAGACUGAGGAACGGCCUAGAGACUUUCUUUCUUCGGAGCCCUCCGGGAGAAAGAGGUACCACUGGGCGUGGCUGGCGGGUGUGUCCGGCCUGCUUCGCCACUGGCCAGGAGGGUCAGCCAAGCCCUAAAGGCCCUCAGCCAUCAUGGCUCUGAACCCCGAGGACGCCAGUGGUGGGUUCCACCAUCACACAGUCGUGGCCUUCAUCAACGAGAAGAUCGCCAGGCACGCGAAAGGCCCUGAGUUCUACCUGGAUAAUAUAAUCCUGUCCUGGGAGGAGGUGGAGGACAAGCUCAGGGCCAUCCUGGAGACCAGUGAGGUGCCCAGCGAGGCCAAAGAGGCCUGUGCCUGGGGCAGCCUGGCCCUGGGCGUCCGCUUUGCCCGCAGGCAGGGCCAGUUACACGGGCGCAGGGUGCAGUGGCUGCACGACUUCGCCAAACUGCACAAGUCGGCCGCACAGGCUUUGGCCUCAGACCUGAAGUUGCUCACGUCGCAACUGGAGAUGGAGCGCAAGGAGGCGGCCUUCCGCCUGCAGCUGGCCCACACCAGCCUGGCCGAGGUGCAGAAAGAACGGGACCUCCUGAGGUGGAAGCUCCUCCAGGCCGAGCUGAGGGCUCAGCCAGGGCCAGUCGCAGAGGGACCAGGCCUGGCCACUGCCGCUGGAACUGAAGGAGCAGGUGAGGAGAAAGAGGAGGCCAGCACCGCAGCUACUACUGCUACUGCUUUCGGCGCCGCAGGAGGCGGAGGAAGUCACAAGGAUGCGGAGAGGGCGGAAACAGAGGAGCUGAGUGAAGACCUUAACCUAAUGCAGCUUCUCGGAGCUGUGGACAAGAAAGAUUACACUUCUGGCAGGCAGAGGGAGGGAGAUCUCGGGUCAACAGACACAGCCAUGUAUUAUUUCCCCGAGACCCUCAAGCCCGAGCCCACCGUCUCACCGGAACCCCUCACUGUCCAGCUCCCUGCCUCAUUCACAUACUCCUACCCAUGCCCCUUGUUCCCCUUCUCAGAGGCAUCCACACCAUCCCCACCCGCAUCAUCCCCACCCACAGCAACGUUCACAGCAGCAGCUCCAUCUCCCAACUGGGGACCCUUUGAUAUUAGCUUGUGGUCCAAUAUGGGGGCCCAGGGACUAGAGCCUCAGGAACCGCAGAGAGACAGGAGAGACUCUGAUCCCCAUCAGCAGAGAAGACCUCCAGUAUUUCGCAGGCCAGGGGACUGGGACUGCCCUUGGUGUAAAGCUGUGAAUUUUUCACGGAGGGAAGUUUGCUUCCGCUGUGGGAGGGGUAUCUGGCUGCAAACCCCUCAGUGAAUUCAGAAAUAUAAAACAUAACAGAAAUAUAUCCCAAUGGGAAUUCAGUGUUCAGAGAGAGUUGGGAAAGCCGGGUGGGGGGUGGGGUGGGGGAGGGGAAGAGUAGGAGAAUAAGGUUAUGAGCUUGGGGGCAAGGGGAGGGGGAGGGGGGUGUGGAUUGACAAGGAAAGAUGAGUUUUAAUAACCUCUUUUGUAUUCCAGAGCAUUAGCAUUGAACACCCCAGAACUGCUGCAGCUUCUGUGUGUGUGUGUGUGUGUGUGUGUGUGUGUGUGUGUGUGUGUGUGUGUGUGUCUCCCCAACCCCAGUAUAUGGUGGACCUGAGCAGCCAUGUAUAUAACACCUCCCCUCCCUCCCCGCUUCCAACUAGGCUGUAGGUUCUUGGAGCAGGAGUGGACAUUUGACCCAUCCUGAGCCAAACAUAUUCUCACACUAGAGAAUCUGAACAGAGAGGCAGAUUCCAUAGUCAGGAUGGUGUUGGGCAAUGAAGCAGUGGGGUCAUUUGGGGUAGGGGCCAAGGUCAGUCAUGGACAUGGAGGAGCAGAAACGUGUGCUUUACAGAGGGCAGGUGUCUUAGAGAAUGGCAGUGUGAGGCCCCAGGGAGCAGAAAGGCACAGAGAAGCAGAGGGGAGGUAAUCCUGUGACCCAGUGAUGGAGUGUGGAAACCCAACCACUUUUCUACUUCCUGCAGUUGUGCUGAUUGAAAAUCUACUUUACACAGAUCCCCUUUUCUUUAGGCUAACUUGAGUUGAGUUCUUGUUCUGGGAAACCAAAUUAUUGGCAGGUCAGAAACGCACCAGAAGAGCAGUUGCAAACCACAGAGUGUCAAAGAAAAUGUCAGAACUGGCUGAGGAGGUGCAUCAGGCAGUGACAGGCGGUGGGGAUUCCUGCAUCCUAAGAGUCUCCAGGAAUGAACUGUACAGGAAGCUCAUUCAUCUUCUGAGUGAGUUAUUUCAUGAGAAACAGUCAAAACAGGCCUGGGGUUAACCCUCAGGGCUGCAUACACAGGAUGCCAACACCAGCUGCACAUGAGGACCACUAUCGUUCAGCCCCAGGAUAGGAGAAUCCUUCCCAGUCUCCAAGGGGCAGAACUAGGACAGUCAGAUUGAACAGGGAACUCAUGCCACUGCCAAGGAGGUGAGUCACCCACUGAUAGUGC